AACUGGGUCACAACAAACACGGACGGUGUUUCUGGCGGACAACAACAAGACCUCUCAGCUGAGUGCUAGCAACAGUAAAUGCCUGUCGUAACUUCGUAAAAGCUGGGACUUAAAUUUAUGUCACCCGGAAUCUUGGGUUGGAAGGGGUCACAGUAGACGGAUAAAUGUCUGAUGCUUCAGAACUUCCUAAAAAAGAAGAAGAGGAGGAGGUUGCGCCCGAAUCAGAGGAUCAGUCUGACGACAGCAGUGAAGAAGAGGCUGCAGGAGACACACAGAUGGACUUCCUGCGUAACCUCUUCUCCAGCACCCUGGGCCUCGGCUCACCAGACAAAGUUCUGGAUGAGCUGACUCUAGAGGGAGUGGCACGAUACAUAAAGAGUGGUAAAUGUAAAAACAUCCUAUGCAUGGUAGGAGCAGGAAUUUCCACAUCGGCUGGGAUCCCUGAUUUCCGCUCACCAGGAACUGGCCUGUAUGCAAACUUGCAGAAGUAUGACUUGCCUUACCCAGAGGCCAUCUUCCAGAUAGAUUACUUUAAGAAACAUCCAGAGCCUUUCUUCGCCUUGGCCAAGGAGCUAUACCCAGGACAGUUUAAGCCGACAGUCUGUCACUACUUCAUGAAACUGCUGAAAGACAAGGGACUCCUGAGACGCUGCUACUCACAGAAUAUAGACACUCUGGAGCGUGUGGCCGGCCUUGAAGGAGACGAUCUGAUUGAAGCUCAUGGAACGUUCUACACAUCCCACUGUGUCAGCUUCUGCUGCCGCAAAGAGUACAACCUGGAUUGGAUGAAAGAUAAAAUCUUUUCUGAUGACGUUCCUCGGUGUGAAAAAUGCCAAAGUUUGGUCAAGCCAGAUAUUGUCUUCUUUGGAGAAAAUCUACCUGUCCGGUUCUUCACUUCGAUGAAAAUGGACUUUCCUCGCUGUGAUCUUCUCAUCAUCAUGGGGACAUCUCUGCAGGUCCAACCAUUUGCAAGUCUAGUCAGCAGGGUUUCAAAAAGUUGCCCCAGACUGCUCAUCAAUAUGGAGAAGGCAGGGCAGGCUGAUCCUCUGCUCGGUUUGUUGGGAUUUGGAGGAGGGAUGGACUUUGACUCAGACAAGGCGUACAGAGAUGUAGCUCACAUUAGCACAUGUGAUGAUGGCUGUUUGGCUCUCGCUGACCUGUUGGGAUGGAAGGCAGAGCUGGAAGAAUUGGUCAAACGGGAACACGCCAGGAUUGACAGUCAGGACAAGAGCAGUGAGAGCAAAGGAGCUGCAGCCAAGGCGAGCUCUGCAUCAGUGGCACCAGAGCCCAAAAAGGAAGAGUAACAUGUUAAAAAGCUCCCUUUUUCAGAAAAGCCACUGCAGUGAUGUCACAGAUUGGAGUUGGCCCUUAAAGAGGGAUUAUGAUACCGUGGUUUUUGUUUGGACGUGAAGUUCAUUUUCCAUCUGCGGAAUCUAUGAAUUUUUUUGUCUCACAGGACAUCCCUGUGUUUUAUGCUCCUGUAUUUUUGUUAAUUAUUUGCACUUUACUGACACUAACCUACUUUUCUUUUUUGCAUUAGCUCGCAUCUGUCUCGGCUGUAUAUUUGUUUCUGAGGCAGUUAAACAAUGCAUUGGCAGAUUUUCCUACAAUAGAUAGUGGCUUUGUCAUCUGUGUUUCAGCAACACGCAUUUACAGGAAGGUGGUUAAUACCACCAGUGCCCCGGCAGGUGAUUCUGCUCCAUUAUAGGGCAAGCACAGUAUUGUCCUCAAACUAACUGUUAAACACAUCUGAUCAUUUUGGCCGAGCCACUUCAGCUCUCUUCACUUUAUUUUAAUUUUCCUCAAAAGGUAGUCCAGCUGUUGUAAAUUUAAUCUGUUAUCUUUUUCUCCAAACCAAUGUUGGCCUGAUUGGUCAGUGACUUCAUAAAAGUACUUCCUGGUAGGUAAACUGAGGUUGUUGUAAAUAUAGGACAAUAGUUUUGGUCAGUAAUUGUAUAAUUGGUUAUGUAGAACUUUUAAAAUGUUUAAUUAAUAGUGUUUUUCAUGUUAAUCUUCUGCUCCUGGUUUGGUUUGACUUCUAAUUGACUUCUAAUUGACUUGACUUCGUAAUUUCUUUUAACACAACAUUUUCAUUUUAAGAUGUUAAUGCAACAAAAACCGUACAUGAUAUACAUGAUACACAAAAUAAUUGUAACUUUGCUGUCAGGACCUGAGUUGGUCCUUAGUUGAUUUUUUCCUUUUAGAUCUUUGAGGAUAGAUUAAGUGCCGCAGGCACACAAGAAGGAUAAAAGACAAAAUUGUUAAAAUAAGGUGUAAUAAAGUACAAGAAGGUGUUUCAUGGAAAACUAUGGAGGCUGUUUGAAAAAGCAUGAAGUGUUAAUGAAAUAAAAAAUAUGGGGGGUGUAUACCAUUACAUGACUAUUUGUGCAAAAAUAAUGGAAAACUAUUUAAAAGGUCCUGCAAUAAAUCUGACUUUCUUUUUUAAA